AUGCGCCUUGACUGUGAAGCUAUAGCUGGGCUGCCCUGUUUGGAAGAAGCUCUUGACUGCUUCAGGGAGAGUAUCUUCCAGCAGCCUGAACACAAUAUGAGUGAGAUGCUUAGCAUGAUGAAGCCAUUGCCUCAAGAUGCUAAUUAUCCCAAGGAAUUCUCCGUCAAGGACCUUGAGUACCUGCCCCGCACCAUCUAUCAUAUUCUGAGGCUUACUCUUUGGCCCGUCAAGGGAUACUCAGCUGAAGCCAAACUUGAAGGAGCCAUGAAGACUUUGGUGUUCUAUAUUCUCCAUGGCAUCAGAUUCAAUUCCCAGGAUUUCUUCAUCAGACAGCUUGCUGCAUCUGGAAUUGAUCUGUUUGGCCUAAAGAUUUAUGCUCCAUGGUUCAAAUUCAUAGCACACCAGCCCAAGAUCGACUCGCCCCAGCCCAAGAUCGCACACACCAGUGACUUCAAGUUCCUCGACAAGGCGGCCAUCGUCACGCAGUUGGGCAUGGAGGAGAGGCUGGAGGCAGCGACCUCGUGGAAGCUGUGCACCGUGACUCAGGUGGAGGAGGUUAAGAUCCUCCUCCGCCUGCUACCCGUAAGGAUCACCAUCGUCAUCGUAUCAUCGGCCUUCUCGCAGAUGAACACCACGUUCGUGCAGCAGGGCAGCGCCAUGGAAAUGACCAUCCUGUCGGUGCCAGUGCCCGCGGCGUCGCUGGCCUCCCUCGAGGUGAUCUGCGUCAUGACAUGGGUGAUCCUCUACAACAAGGUGAUCGUGCCGGCGUUGAGGAGCUUCUCACUAGUCGGUGACGGCGAGCCGUCGCAGCAGCAGCAGCGAAUGGGCGCGGGGCGGCUCCUCAUGACGCUCACCAUGGCGGUGGCAGCGCUUGUGGAAAUGAAGCGGCUCGACAGCGCGGCGCGUGGGGUAGAGAUCAGCAUCUCGUGGCAGCUGCCCCAGUACUUCUUCCUUGCUGGAGGGGAGGUCUUCUGCUACAUCGUGCAGCUAGAGUUCUUCUUUGACAAGGCGCCGGACACCAUGAAGAGCAUGUGCACGUCGCUGGCUCUGCUCACCAUCGCGCUGGGGAGCUACAUGAGCUCCUUCAUCUACGCCAUCGUGGAGGCCUUCACGGCGACGGGAGACAGCCCUGGGUGGAUCUCCGACGACCUCAACAAGGGCCACCUCGACUACUUCUUCUGGGCCAUGGCUGCAAUGUGCACGCUCAACUUCGUCGUGUACAGCGGAAUCGUCAAGAACUACAGGCUCAAGACGAUCAUCUCGUGA